AUGCAGUUGCUGGGGAGUAUCGCAGUCUCACUACUAGUGGCCACGACUUAUGCGGCCCCUAGUAGUGAGAUCGGUAAACAGCAAAGCUUGGAGCCUCGUGUUGCUGCCAAAUAUGCUUUGAAAGAGCCACCAUUGACGACGCCCUGGACAGACAAGGUGGGCACUCAUCCAUGGCCUGAGUACCCACGACCACAGCUGAAACGCUCUCAAUGGCAAAAUUUGAAUGGUGUGUGGCAAUAUCAGAGUGCUUCUGGUCUUGGCGAUGUUCAAAAUCCUCCUUUUGGACAAGAUCUGGCUCAAGAAGUCCUCAUUCCAUCUUGCUUGGAAAGUGGGCUUUCAGGCAUCCAAGGCAGCUCCACUCUAUACUCAUGGUUCUCAACCUCUUUUAAGGUACCUUCAGACUGGAAUGGCCAGCGGGUGCUGCUCAAUUUUGAUGCUGUGGAUUACGAAGCAACAGUCUUCGUCAACGGAAGAAACGCCGGUUUCCAUCGCGGUGGAUACUUCCGUUUUACCCUCGAUGUGACUCAGUUCGUCAAUUCUGGAAAAGAAAAUGAAUUACUGGUCUUCGUUCAUGACCCCACUGAUUCCGGGGACUAUGUCAUCCCAGUUGGAAAGCAAACACUGAAUCCCAGUCAUAUUUUUUACACUCCUUGCAGCGGCAUCUGGCAGAGUGUCUGGGUCGAAUCUGCUCCAUUGAAUCAUAUCACACAACUUGAUCUUGAUGCCAACAUGGAAGGCCAAGUAAAUAUGACUGUCCAUACCUCGGCACUAAACACUACUUCCAAUGUUCGAGUCACUGUUCAUGACAAUGGAAAUAUUGUUGCCACAUCUCGGGGACCGUCAAACCAACCAUUCCAGUUCAAGGUUGACUCGCCAAAGUUGUGGUCUCCCGACUCUCCCAAUCUGUAUAGUGUCACUGUUGAACUUGGGAAAGACCGCAUUCAAAGUUAUACCGCGUUCCGCACCAUCUCUAAGGGAACAGUUAAUGGUGUUGUCCGCCCACUUUUGAAUGGCGAAUUUAUUUUCAUGUUCGGUACUCUCGAUCAGGGAUUUUGGCCGGAUGGGAUCUACACGCCCCCUACCAAAGAGGCCAUGGUGUACGACCUGCAGCUUCUGAAGAAGCUCGGCUUCAAUACAGUUCGCAAACAUAUCAAAGUUGAGCCCGAGCUGUUCUACCAAGCCUGUGAUGAACUUGGCUUGUUAGUCGUCCAGGAUAUGCCUGCGCUACGACCUGCGGAUGGCAGAUUGCCUGAUGCCGCCCAGCAGGCCGAAUUCUCACGCCAGUUGGACCUUUUAGUCAACCAGCUCAAAAACUUCCCUAGUAUCGCGGCCUGGGUUGUUUAUAAUGAAGGCUGGGGUCAACUCAGAUCCUACUAUCCCGAGUUCGAAUUGACAGCGCGAGUAAAGCAGCUGGACCCAACCCGACUGGUGGACUCUACAACCGGAUGGUAUGAUCACGGUGCUGGAGAUUUCAGUGAUAAUCACCACUACGCCAACCCACAAUGCGGGACUCCCUUCUACUCCAUCAAUUCGAGCCCGUAUGAUGCCACCCGGAUCGGCUUCCAGGGUGAGUUUGGUGGAGUCGGAAACAAUGUUUCUAUCGAACAUCUUUGGAACGUACAAUCUGCUAUCAAUACAAUUAAUCAAACCUAUGAGAUCGACGAAACGAUUGACAGCUGGAAUUACCGGAGCCACCUCCUCCUCCAGGAGCUCCAGGAUCAGGUCAAGCGCUUUGCGUGCAGUGGAGGUAUUUGGACUCAGACCACCGACGUUGAGGGCGAAGUCAAUGGACUGAUGACCUACGACCGGCGUUUGGCCCGCGUCGAUGAGGACCAAUGGAAGGCAGAUAUUCAAGGUCUGUAUGAUGCUGCUGCUGCUCGAAGCCAGGCGACCGCCACCAAACUAUGA